AUGGGAGACGCGGCAGCGCUCGUGCUCUGUAGCUUGUGCGAUUACCUCAAUCAUAAAUAGUCCGUUAAAAUCACGGGAAAUCGAGAUGAUUUUGUGAUUUAGACUUCAGGGACAAACACGUUUCAUUCUUAUACGGGUGAAACAUGGCUGAAUAUUUCAAUAUAUGAAAUGCUCUAAUGAGGAAUUCUGCCCUCUCAAAAGAACACUUCAUAUUCAAAUGAAGAUCUUCAGGUUUACUCAUCUUUUUAUCCCUGGAUCAAACAGUCUAUGCAAGGAUUUUUGUGGAGUAAGAAAUGAGACAGAAUUUCCUUCCUGUUUUUUUCAUAUAAUCACUACAAUGUAAUCUUGCUGUCCGAUGUGACCUUGAAGUGUUUCAUAUGGAGGAGUGCUGUGGCACUGCUGUGUGCUAGUUUAUUCUGGAUUAACCCAUCGAGAAGAUCCAGUUCGCUGCAGAAAUGCUCCAGACUAAUAACUACUCGCUGGUGUUGCUGAUCCAGAUAGCACUGCUGACCUUUGACCUAUUCGUCAACUCCUUCAGUGAACUCCUGAGGGCUGUCCCGGUCAUCCAGCUGGUGCUGUUCAUAAUCCAGGAUAUUGGCAUCCUGUUUAACGUGAUCAUCAUUCUUCUCAUGAUGUUUAACACAUACGUGUUCCAGGUGGGGCUGGUGUCCCUGUUACUGGAGCGAUUCAGAGCACUGCUUGUACUGUCAGCACUUUACCUGACUCUUAGCAUCUGCUUUCACUGCUGGGUCAUGAACCUGAGGUGGAUGGAGUCCAAUCGUUUCGUGUGGACGGAUGGUUUGCAGGUUCUCUUUGUCUUCCAAAGACUGGCUGCUGUGUUGUACUACUACUUCUACAAACGCACAACCGAGUACCUGGGAGACCCCAGACUUUACGAAGAUUCCCCAUGGCUACGCGACGCUUUCGCUAGGGCGCGACAGUGAACUCGGAAUGUGGGAAACUAAAGAAACUGAAGCCAAAAUGGAGAAAUCACUGUUGUUCAUUAGAGAUAUUACUGCCGUCACGACAGUAAACUUCAAAUGAAUUACUUAGUCAUGGAAUUAUGACCAGGAAAUUCAAGAAAUAAAAUGGAUGCUAUGCGAAAAACAAAGACUCCUUAAAACAAACAAACAAAGGAAGGAGCCUCGGCGCUGAAGAACAAAUGGAGAUUUAAUCCCAUACCUAAGAUCAACAAGAAAUGAAGGCUACUGGAGAAAACUGAAAAUCGAAUGUCUAUAAACCUAAUCAAGCAGUAAUGAUACAGGUAUUGUGUUUUUAUAGCCGACACCAUGUUUAAAGCUAGAAGUUAUUUGUAACAAGUAGCGUACACUAUAAUGUCCUUUUUGUAUAUUUUGGGAUUACGGGGGUUUGAUUGUACCCAAGAGAGAUUUCGUAAAUUUCAUUUUGCCUUUGGAGAAGUUGAGUUGGAUUUGCUUUGAGCGAUCAUUGUACUCAUGAGUUGUUUUUAUCGUUUAUUUGUUUUUAACACUUUGUAAAUGUGUUCACAGAGGGUCACGUCCUCGUGUAUCCUCGAUAAAUUAUUCAAACUUUAUGGAAGUCGGCAAAGCGUAAACAAAGUGCCUAAUUGUAAAGUAAUUAUGGUAAACAUUAUGGAAAGCAAAUGAUCAGCAGUUUCACUAAAGUGCGUCAGUGCACAUGAAUGCUGUAAUCAUUUAUUUUUACUCCUUGAAAUACACAUUCUUAAUAUCAGACAUGGAUUUUCAACCAGUAAAGACCAUCAUUCUGUAAUUGCAUUUUCUCAAGUAAGAUUUCACAAUCUUUCAUGCACUCCUGUUGGAAAGACUAUUAUAUAUCUAACAUUUCUUACUAGUUGAAAUUCCAGUUUCACUGUAAAAAUGUGAAUUUUUGAUAUCUGUAAUUUCGUUUUUAACUACAAUCUCACAGUAGUUUGUAGUUACAGGUUAUUUCAGGGUUUUAGCUCGGACACAGGCGGGGAUCUCCACGAUGACAGACUGUUCUAUUCUGAUCUCUCAGAUUAAACUGGGAUUGGGGUUUUACGCUCCCCAAACAGCCUGCAGGACACAAAUAGCACACUCUAGUUUUCAAUUACAGAGCCAACUAACCCUUGUAUUGUGUGUGUGUAACUAGAUGUUUUAGGAAAGGUCGGCCUAUGUUUCCAUUCUGUUAAUAACAAAGCAAUGAACUCAAUAGACCAAUUAAUGCCUACAGUUAUGCUGUCUUCAAGUCCUUAUGAGCAGUUGCCAUUUUAAAAUUCCUAAUAUUAAUAAGUGACUUUUUGAUCGGUGCAACCAAUGCAGAAUUUUCUGCCAAGCAUCACCAUUUUCAUCUACAAUACAUAAAAUGCAUACAAAAUAUAACGUAGUGUGAACAUUCACAACAACUCUACAAUCCUCAGAAAAGACAGCAUUUGUGGCAUAGUGUUGAUUGU